UUGCGCUGCUGACUUCCGCUUAACAUUGUUAUGAUGUGACGUAAGUUCCGGCCGCCAACGCAGGCAGCACUUUUUCGCGGUAAAAUGAAAUUAGCGAGUUGUUAGCUGUUUAUCUGAUGCUGUCUGCUAUCUAACGUGAAGAUAAUUGCUGUAGGUAGUGUUUAUAAAUCGCAUUAUUGAGAGAAAUAGCUCGUCGGUGUUGCUAUGAAGUGAGAGCGAAGCUAACCAUAGUUAACGUAUCAUUGGACUCUUUAUCCUCUCAAUAACUACAAAAUCUAGCAACUUUACAGAAAAAAACAAUGGCACUAGUGACCGGAGAAAGCCUGAAAUCAGAGCUGGGAAUGUUUGACAUACCCUGCGAAGAUGACUCCGUCCUUGACAAGAUGGUGGAGCAGUGUAUCUGUAACAGGAUACAGGCGGAUGAGAUGGUGCUGGAGUGGGUGGCCUACAGCACCACCAAGAAUGGAUUAAAACUCACCAUGGGCACCCUGGAGCAAUUUGAGCAUGAGGUGUUGAACAAGAAGCAUAAAUCCAAACAAAGCUUCAGGAAAGAAGAAACUUACAACAGAACCAGAGACAUCAACUCACUACAGGACUUAAUCAAAGCUGAGGAAGAGGAGGAGAAUCUGCUGGAUUCUUACUCUACUCCUGCUAAGGGUUCUCAGAAGCGAGCACUGACCACUCCUGAACACCCUCAUUCAAAAAGAACUGCAGCUCUGCUGUCCAGUCCCGGUCUGCUGCUGUCUCCUGCCAGCUUUUCUCCCAGUGCAACACCAUCACAGAAGUACAGUCAGCGAGGAGCAAAAGGAGAGGUGGUGGUAACAUUCGGUGCUGUGCAGGGCACCCGCUGGGCAGGCAGGAAGGCUCUGAGCGACAGCGUCCAGCUGGAGCUGCUGGAGGCGCCUGAAGACUCCCUCCGCUGCAGCUACAAGUACAUGUUCCAGAGGCUGCGCGAUAUUCGAAAUGUGUUGACGGAGAAGAUCGAGGAGCUGGGUGACGGCCUCAGGUCUCACUUCAACAUCGAAGAGUUUUCCCCCGUCUCUCUGCCUGCUCAGGACAGUAUAACAGUGUUGGGUCAGGUUUGCUGCGACAGUAAUGGCAAACUGAAUGCACACUCGGUUCUGUUGGAGGCGGGACCGGAGCAAGGUGGUCAGCAAGUCCCUGUGGACCUGUCGGAGCUGAAAGAGUACUCGCUGUUUCCUGGUCAGGUUGUGGUGAUGGAGGGAAUGAACACAACAGGAAGAAAACUGAUGGUGUCCAAACUCUAUGAGGGAGUCCCUCUUCCUUUCUACACUUCUGAAGUGAAAAUGGAGAUGGAUGAAGAGCCGCUGAAUGUGCUGGUGGCCUGCGGACCGUACACUCCCUCUGACAGCCUGACCUUUGACCCUCUGCUGGACCUCAUUAAUGUCAUUGUCCGGGAUCGUCCUGAUGUCUGUCUGCUGCUCGGUCCAUUUGUGGAUUCCAAACACGAACAAAUUGAGAAAGCUCAGGUGACCGAGACAUUUGAGGCCAUUUUCUUGAGAUGUGUUGAAAGCAUCGUGGACGGCACCAAAAGUGUUGGCUGUCGGCUGGUGUUUGUGCCCUCCCAGAGAGACAUCCACCAUCACUUCAUCUACCCUCAGCCUCCCUUCACGCUGCCCAACCUCAGCAAGGACCAGGCCCAGCGUGUCACCCUGACCCCUGACCCCUGCACCCUGCUGAUCGACGGCGUGACCUUUGGCUUAACAUCCACUGACAUCCUGUUCCACAUGGGUGCAGAGGAGAUCAGCUGCGGCACUGGAUCGGACAGGUUUUCACGCAUACUGAAGCACAUGCUGACCCAGAGGAGUUAUUACCCGCUGUACCCGCCUGUGGAGGAGGUGAACAUGGAUUAUGAGAAGUUCCACAGCUUCGGUCAGAUGCCGCUGACCCCCGACGUCCUCAUCAUUCCCUCCGAGCUGCGAUACUUUGUGAAGGAUGUGGUCGGCUGUGUUUGUGUCAAUCCCGGACGGCUGACUAAAGGUCAGGUGGGCGGGACCUACGGCCGGCUGCUCAUCCAGCGCAGCGCUCCGUCAGACGAUGGGCAGAGAGCGAGCCCCUGUCUGGCUGCUCAGGUGGUGAAAAUCUAAAACGAAUCAAGACUUUGAAUGCUUCUUGUCACCAGAAAUGACCCAGGACCCUCCAGACACACUGAUGUAAAAAACAUUGAAGAAAAAACCCCAUUUACUGCACUGUUGAAAUUAUCUUUCCCAUGGCUUUUAUUUUUAUAUGACAGACAUGUCCUUGAUGGUGUCAUGACUGUGGUGGAAUAUCAGUCACUCAGAAAUAACAUCAAUAACAAUAUAUUUUGAAUAAAUUAUUGUCCGUUU